CUUACGUUAUUGCUUUCGUCCGCGGUGCGCGUACCCAAACCGGCUCUUCUGCUGCGCAGGGGGCGCGCAUUCGAGGUUUGGUGAGCUGCUCCACACCACAUAACGUCACAGACAGAGCUGCUGCGAAGAUGGCGAUGGGAACAGCGCUUCGAUGUGUGUAUGCAAACUUUCCUAAAACACUGUCCCUGCUGCCCCGAGCUGCACAGAGACCUGCCUACUGGCUGGCAUGGAAGCCUUGUGUUCCACGGUCCUUCGCCACCGCCUCCAGACUAUCCUCAGCUCUUAAAUUCACAGACAAGCACGAAUGGGUGCGAGUGGAGGGAGGGACCGGUAUAGUUGGCAUCAGCAAUUUUGCACAGGAAGCAUUAGGGGAUGUAGUAUACUGUGGUCUUCCAGAAGUUGGCACAAAACUAAAGAAAAUGGACGAGUUUGGCGCUUUGGAAAGUGUGAAAGCUGCCAGUGAACUGUACUCCCCACUAACUGGAGAGGUGACUGAAAUAAACACAGCGCUGGCAGACAACCCUGGACUCGUCAACAAAUCCUGCUACAAAGACGGUUGGCUUAUAAAGAUGACGCUUGAUAACCCCAGUGAGUUGGAGGAGCUGCUGGAUGAAGAUGCUUAUGAAAAGUAUAUAAAAUCCAUUGAGGACUGAGGACAAUUCAAGAGGCAGUAAUCCAGUUUCUCUCAUUAAUGACAACUAGAACUCUUCCACACUAACCCCCUCCUCCCCCUGACCAACUACAGCUGCGCACCAGUUGUAGAGUCAAUGGAAAACUGCAAAUAAAACACAAGAUUUUCUAAAUAGACAA